AUGUCUAAACGUUAUUACAUGUAUAAUGUCCGCAGUACUCUCAUGGCUAUUUAUUAUUUUACAGGAUUUAAAACUACGAAAGCCGAGAGAUCCAAUCACUUGGCUCGACAACUGAGAGAUAUUUCACGAAUAGAAAUUCCUGGCCGAGUAUUCUCAAAUAGCUUAAACUCGGAGUCUGUGCAUCAUCGCUCAGCGAUUGGCUGCCGAAAGUUAUCCGGUGGCGCAGCUGGGGCAAGUGGGUCCGAGAAGGAGCAGUCCCCGGGUCCCGGACCGUCACCGGAGAAUAGUAGUGUGGAGAAAGUUGCGUCUGGCGACAACAAUGGCACCACUGAAGCCACCAUGAGUUUUGUCCUGCAAUUGGGUUCUGGCGAGACCCUCGAGGAGACCGCCUCGAGUGUCAGAGAAAUCGCUUCGGUUACAAUCCAAGAAAGAACAACCGAACCAAUGAGUAUUGUCCUGCAACUGGGUACAGCAACAGCGACAGCAACAGCAACAACAACAACAACAGCAGCUGUAAAUUCUAAAGAAUUAGAUAAUCCUGAAAAAUCAACUAUGGUGGUGACCAAGCCGGCUAUAGUUUACCCGAGUAAUCAGAUGAAAUUUCAGCAAAAUGCCAGCAAGAGUAAUGUGACAACUGUUACUAAUGUUGGUGGAGUUAUUGCUGCAGUUGCUAAACCUGGAACGAUUGUCUACCCAGCUAAAGCGAUGAAAGAUCAAAAAAUUACCGUACCUGCUCAAACUUCUGUAGAUUCUAAAAUAAUUGCAGCACCUUUGAUUCUGACUCAGCAGCAGGUACCGUCCAGCACCACCGGGACGUUAAUUCCUUGCACAGGAAAUAAUACAGCUCCAGUAAAUCCGCUGACGUCCAAGCCGGUGAUUAACAGCACUGCUAACUCAAAUCUUCCCGGAAAAGUUCAACUUACGUAUGAAGUUAUGCAGAAUAAGCAGCAACAUCAGCAUUCAUCGGGGAUUAUUCAAAGUACAGCAUCACAGAAGGUUGUUAGUACAGCUGCGGGUGUUAAAACAAUCACCUCGACUAGUACUAUGUCCAACAUCCAGAGGUUACGAAAUAAAUCUCCAAGUGCUACUGCUCCCAAUAGCAAUGUUCAUAAAGUAAAGACUAUUACAAGCAUUAAUAAUCAAGGAAUGGUCACGAAAAAUUUUACACCUCGAGUACAAGCUGUUCCUAAAGCCCAAACUCUGUCGACAAAUGUUGCUAUCACUCCGGUGACUAUGACGCAAGUUAUUACUAAUUCAAGUAUUCAACGAUUGCAGCAAAAUAAUCAGAAAAUUCAACAAAAUCAGUCGACUAAUCAAACUGUUAUAAAUUCACGAGUUAAUGCUAAUCAUAAAGUACCAGUUGUACAACAGCCAGUUGAUCAAACUCAAGCGCUGCAAAAGGUUGCUGGAGUCUUUCCAAAAACUUUAGCUGUUCAACGGCAACAAGUUGCUUCUACUGGGGCCAAUAACGUCCAGAAAGUUUCUAUUGCCGGAAUACAAAAAACAAGUUCACAAAAUCAGCCACAGAAUAAUGCUGUACAUUUUCAGAAUUCUCAGCAGCAACAGCAGCAGCCUAAAUCACAAAUCACAUCAGUACAAAAAUCUCAAACAGCUUUGGUAUUAAAUAACUCACCGAAAAAUUCACAAUUUACAACUGUUGGUAAUAUUGUUAAAAGUAGUAGUAUUCCAAAUGUCUCAAAAAUUCAGGCUAAUUCUGCUGUUGCGUUAAGUAAGGCUCAACUUAUAUCCCAGUCUCAAGUUAAUGUACAUCACACGGUUCAUGUUCAGCAAAUGAUUCCUCAGACUAUUCAAGGACAAGCGGUUUCUAAGCAACAGCAGCAGUCGCUUACUUUACAGACAGCUCGGGUUUCAACUAAUUCUAAUUCACAACCGAAAUUAAAUGUCAUUCAACAGAAUGCCACUCUUACAAGUAUUCCGAUAAAUCAAAAAAAUCCACUGGUUGUCAAUGCUAAAGUACAAUCUCAACCGCAAAUGCUUCUCAAGGUUGGCCCUAUGAAAAAUUCUUCCAUUAACUCACAACACCCUGGGAAUAUUAUUAAAACUGUGGGUCAAAAAGGCAAUGCUGCGAAUCAGAUGAAAACAAAUCCUCAACAAGUUGGACUCUCGAUCAAUCGCACUGUCAAUGCUCAGCCGGUUAAAAUAAUUCAACAGCAUCAACAACAGCAGUCACCUCAGCAACAUAUUGUUGUUAAUCAAAUGACUUCCCAAAAGCAACCGGGUUGUAUAAAAACAAUGCCUGCGCAAAAAGUUACAGCACAUCAGCAGCACCAGCAUCAACAACAACAGCAGCAGCAGCAACAGCGAAAUAAUACCCAGAAAGUUGGUAGUAUAAAAACUUCUUUGAAUACUAAUAUGAACUCACUAAAAGCUCAACCUGCUAACAAUUCUGCAGUCCCUGUUGGGAAUCAACUCUCACAAAAAACAAAUCUACGUAAUUUUCAUCCUCAGCAAUUGAAUACUUCUAAUAUAAUGAUACAAAAAAAUCAAACUAUGAAAAUUCAACAGCAAAAUAUUCAGCAAAAACAAAUUAUAAUGUCACCACAGUAUCCCCAGUCACAAAAUAUAAGGCCACAAGGUGGACAAAUUAAAACUAUUUUACCAAUAGUUUCACCGGAUACCCAUAAAGAGAUGGAAACAAAAAUGGGACAAGAAUUACAAAUGAAAAAGGAACCAGAAUCUCAAGAACAGCCGACCUCACCUGUACGACGAAUGCCGCUACCUUAUGAGUGUCUGCAGUUCGUCCUUCAAGACCAUAACUACGGAGCUCCACCACCGCGAACGCCACCACCAGCGUCGCCACCACCUCAUCCACAACAGCAAUCACUAAAUGGUGCGAGUGGUUCAACACUUCAACAUUCAUUUAUGUACAAUCAAGUAAUUACAAACAAUAGCACAGCAGAUGACGCAGCGAGUGCUAUCAGCAGUGAUGGAGGUCGUGAAGUAGAGCCCGAAGGUGAAGAAACCGAAACAGCUCCCGAAGGAGAAGGUGACGACGAAGACAGUGUUACCCGGUGUAUUUGUGAUUUUGAGCAUGACGAUGGUUAUAUGAUUUGCUGUGAUCGCUGCCUCGUUUGGCAGCACGUUGAUUGUAUGGGCAUCGACAGAUCAAACAUUCCUGACGAGUAUCUCUGUGAAAUUUGCCGACCACGUCGUGUGGACCGUCAACGAGCACGUACGCUUCAAUUACGUAAGCGCGAGGAGCUUCUCAACUCUGAUACUUCGUCGGACACAUCAUCGACUAGCUCUGCAGACACUGAUGUCGGUAGCAAUAACCCUCCGGCUAAGAAACGACAGCUUCAACAGCUCCCAAUUCCGAGGAGAAAAUCCGAUCCUCCUCCUUCGACACUUAGGAAGUUGAACAACAAUAACAAUAACAACAACAACAACAAUAGUAAUAGCAAUAACAACAAUAACAACAACAACAACAACAACAACAACAAUAAUGUCGCUAAGCGUCAAAGACGAGAGCAGCUUCCGAGACAAGCUAGUGCGAGCAGAAAGAAGGAAACUGCGAAACGUGGUCCGGGAAAAAGAAAAACAAAACGUAGAAUUAGUUUAGAUGGUGAAGAUGAAACUCAAGAUGCUUGGGGAUCAAAUAUGGCUCCACUGAGGCAGUGGAUUGAGAGAUAUGAAGAGGCUGUGACAAAUCACUAUAGUCCUGAGCUUAGAGCCAGAAUAUCUAGCAUUAAAGUAAAUGGCACCCAUGGUGAUUUAAAACAAAGUAAUAUGAGCUCUGGCGUUAGCGGUAAGUGUCGGAUUAAUGUACAAAGCAACAGUCUAAGAUUUUUAGUAGCUACUGUAUACCUUCCACCUAAUACACCAAUUAUUGAGUUAAGAGGUAAAUAUAUGUUGAGCACGCAACACAGGUCGUCUUAUCCCCAAGGACGACAGCAUGCUCAACGACCAGGACCUUUUGUAUUUUUCUAUCGCUUACCACGUGAGGGCACCGAAGUUUGUGUUGACACAAGAACGUACGGUAACGAUGCUAGAUUUGUACGGCGGAGUUGUAAACCUAAUGCUGAGAUAAAACAUUGUAUAGAAAAAGGCACGUUACACUUGUAUGUUGUUACGAUAACGGCUAUUGAAAAAAGUAAUGAAAUAACGAUUCGUCAUGAGCAACACGAUCUGCUGCUUUCUCCUAAUACUAAUUUAACCGGCAGUACACCUCUUCCAUGUGCUUGUGGUAAUCCACGUACUUGUCAAAUCACUGCGACUACCGGACAGCUGAGUAAUUCACGGCGAAGUAGUAAUGGUACUCUUGCGGAGAAUGUUGAUGGUCGUGAACGAAGAAGACGAGGUAGAAGAAAUACUGUUAGUGAGGAAAAUGACGUGUCUAGUUUAACAGCUUCUUCAACACCACCAGUUACAAGCCAGUCGACACCAAAUCGAACAUCGACUCCUACGUCUUCAACAUCCACAACUCCAACAGUCUCAGCUGGUGCUAAAAAAAUGAUAACAAAUACUGUAGCACCUGUUCCAACUUCAACUGUCACUACAACAACUGCACCAGCAGUAGCUUCAACAGCCGCCGUGGUAACUGCGACGACAACGAUGACCACCACCACGUCAGUGAUAGUAACUACAACGUCAUCUUCAACAACUACAGCAACUGCAACAGCGGUAGCUGUUUCUACGAUAACAACGACGACAACUACCAGUACAUCCACAGUGGUGACUCCUGCAGUGACUAAAGUAUUACCUAAAGAAGAGGCUCCUCCUGUUUUAGCAUCACAGCCACCGACGCAACAGGUGGCUCAUUUGACACCACAAACCGCUCCUACGUUACAAGAAACUAGCAACAAAAAAGAUAAAAAGAAAAUGACCCGGGAGGAGCGUAAAAUGGAAGCUAUUAUGAAAGCCUUUGAGAGACUAGAAAAAGCCGAACAAAGAAAGCAAGAAGUCCAAGCAAGAAACGCUCAGAGAAAAGAGUCAGGAGGCGCCCACAGUGAUAACGAUGAUUUGCCUCUCAGCCUUCCCACCAGGCCAAAGCAACAGCACAUUGAACGACCGCUCAGACGAAAAAGACGAAAAGGUCGGGCAAGAACAACAAGUAGUUCACAGUCUCAAAAUAGUCGGCGAACUAGAUUAAACUCAGCCGACUCAGACAUGUCGUCUGGUGAUGAAAGUAUUAUGAUGCAAUCACCACCCUCCUCAUGUAUACCUAAUCGCGAGGCUCCUUUUUCUCCGCGGCUUCACACUCCAACAAAGGAGGAAAAUUGCGUGGGAAUUUCUCGGGAGUCUAAUAAUCAAACAAUACCAACAGCAGCGGGUAUUUUAUUAGCUCUUGCUAAUUCAAACAUACCUGGUCCAAGCUCACCGCCGCUCCAGCAACCACCACCAAGUAAAAGUCCCACUUGCGACAGUGGAGCGAGUAGCAGCUCUCAAAGUUCAACUCCCUCGACGCCGUUGUCAUCGGCUUGUCUUUUAGUUGCAGCUGCGGUUGGACCUCUCGCUCCGGGAUUCAAGUUUCCCAAAACCAAAAAGGCAAUGAUGAAUGAGUGGCUGAGAGAUUCUCCGGAUACACCGCAAGCUCACGUGCAAAUACCAUCGCAUAUAUCACCAAACAUGUCAAUUGCGUCUGUACCAUCGCCAAGUCCAUUAAUUCCUUCGACAAAUAGGUCCAUUGAUUUUCUUUCACCUACUGACCCCUCGCCUGAGUUUUUGACUCAAAGUUAUGCCGCUAAAAGUCUCGCGACUCUUGUUCAAGCCGCUAACUCUGUUUCGGGAAUUUGUGAUUCUCCUCCACAACGUAAACAAGCUGUUCAGAAUGCCAACGGCUGUCCAGUGUCAUCAGGAUCAGCUAAGAAACGUUGGCUACGACAAGCCAUCUCAGAAGAAUGCGACUCGCCCAACAGCAGACCUGAAAGUCCGCCCAGUGAAAUGGUAGCGCCGCCAAAAAAACGGCGAAUCGCUCGUGAAAGUAUUUCAUCGGACAAUUAUACUCCACCGACUACGCCAACACCCGUACACACUGAAGCCGGUCCCACUAACUCAGCGCUUACUUUGUCUGAAAAUGAUUUUUGUGAACAACCACACUCCCCACUGUUCUGCGAGGGAAGGAUUAAAACUGAUUAUGAAGCUGAUAAUUUGAAAGAAGAUACCAACUCAGAGUCAGAAAAACCGGAAUUCUUUCAGGCUAUUAAAACUAAACCCGAAUUAUCUGACUCGGAAAUAAAAGACCAGAGAGAGAGUGAUAAAAUAGACGUUUUGGUAAAAAACGAGGUCGAUUUAAUAAAAACUGAGGUUAAAAUAAAUGUCAAAGACGAGCUUAUGGAGACAGAUGAGGAUAAUCAUGACAUACUUACGUCUGUUAAUUUAACAAAAGUCAAAGUAAAAAAGCAUGAUAUUAAACCCCAAGAACCUUUAGACGUCACUAAGCUGCCUAGUGUUCCAGAGUAUCCGAUCAAACAAGAGUCAAAUUCACCAUUGCAAGAUGAAAAAUCUCCUAUGGAAAUUGGUAACCAAAGUGACCUAGAAAACGAUGAACCAAAGUCACCGGUUAUUGCAAUGGAGUCUGAUGUUGAGGUCAAACAAAGUUCAGAGAUGAUAUUGACGUACAGUCAAACAGCGACUGUUGAUCAGACUUUUGAAAAUUUAGAAAAAGACUGUAAGUCUAACGAUGCUUCUUCUAUUGAUGAGUUUGACGUUGAAGCGCAGAUGAAGAUGAUAACCGGUGAUGACGGUAACGAUUACAAGGAAAAGGUUGAUACUUGCUCGGAUAAAGAUUACAAGAGCAUGGAUGGUAUCGAGGGGUUGAUGGACAGCUCCAAAGAAGACUCCGACUCAGAAGACCGUGAUAUUGGAGAUUUGCAGCCUAAAGAAGAACCGCGGCGAUUUAAAGAGCUGGAACGAGCCGUCGAGGAAAGAGCUUUCAAGGAACUUGAGACAAUGUCUCAUAAUCAAGAGUUUAAAGCUAGUAGUCAAGUAUUUCUUGCUGAAAAUUCGGACACUCGGUUGAAAUCUCCGGAGACUACUAAGUUAGAGUCAACGACGACGACGACGACGACGACGACAGCGUCUGAGGAGUCAAUGUUUGAUUCUGUAUCUUCGAAUAUCGAUUGCGAGGCUGCUGUUGUCGAACCGCCUAAGAUAUUUCAGUCAAUCCCGCCGUUGAGUGAGAGAAUCCGCAAGAAACCAGAUUCUUCCUCAGCUCCCAAGAAAAGUCUUGUUUUUGAAGCCGCGAUGAUUGAAUCGACGAUCGACAUGGAGUCUGUUGAAAUAGCAGAGAAUGGCGAGGAUAAAAAUCAGCUCUCGACUGCUUUGAGAGAAAUUUUAAGAUCUAAAAUUGACGAGGAGCCAACACCGUUUAUGAAUGCUGAAAAUACAGAUCCGCCUUUAGAAAAUAUUAAUCCAUCACCGGAAGAUAUAAAUCCACCAUUAGAAAGUAUUAACCCGUCUCCGGAAGACUUGGAGCCACCAAUUAAUUCAAUGUCGAAGAACAUUUAUUCAUCACCUAAAGAAACAUCACAUUCUUCACCAAAUAAAGCAAAUUUGUCUCCAGUAAAUGUUAAUUUAUCAACCAAGGAGAUUAAAUUAUCUCCUAAAAAUAUCAGUGAAAAUAUUAAUUCGUCGGAAAGUAUCAGUAUCAAUCCGUUGGUGGACGAUGCUAGCACACCGUUGGAUAAUUUGUAUCCAGCAUUAGAAAAAAUGAGCCCGCCGUCGGAAAAUUUCAACUCGCUGUUGGAAAAUACAAGCCCACCUGUGUUAAAUCAUAUUGAAGCUAUAGUGUCGGAACCAAGUGUCCCAGAGAAUUUACCAACUGUCCCAGCUAAAGAAGAAAUAGUUCCUGCUAAAGUUGAAGAAAAAGUCCUGCCACCACCGCCGCCUCAACCUGAAGUUAGGAGGCUAAAAGAUCCGAGGACAGCAGUGCCCAAUCGAUGUCCAUCUCCAAAACACGAUACACCGGCACCAGUCAAGCGUAAGGUUAGAACGUUAUCAAUCUCCGAGUAUCGAAAACGGAAACAACAGUCCACGGAGACACCACCAGAACCUGAACCGUCAAGUGACGUAGCUUCGUCAGAUAAAAGUCCACGCGGUCGAUCAGACAGUGCAAGCAGCGGAACAUCUUCUCUGAGCUCCGAUGAUGAUAAUGCUAAGACGGGCCAUGAUAUUCCGAGUUUGACGUCUCUUCCGCUGUUUGCUAACUCGGAAAAUGACGAACGUAAAGGCAAUGAAGAAGGGGUUAUUGGAUGGUCAGCAGCACCUACGCUUGUCGAAAGACAGCGAGAAAAUCUUACUGAAAGAUUAAAACGCGAGUUUGGACUUUUUUUGAGCGAUGAUGAAGAAGAAAGGGCUAGAAAACAAGGAUUAACUGCAGAGGCUAUUUUAAAAGCACGUAAAGAAGCAAUGCCAAAUCAAAUUCCAAUGACCGUAGGACCGACGCCCUAUACUUCAUCGCAAUUACCCCCACAAACUUACAUACCACCACCAGGAUCGGCGGCCAUACAUUACCCGCAAUUUCAAGUAAAACCAGGAAUGCCUGGACCGUAUGUUAUGGCUGUACCGCAGCCAAUUCCACCGCCACUACCACCUCCAGGGAUUUAUCCAGUGCCAGCACCGACGUCAACUCUCUCAACAGUGGGUAAGACGGUACCUCCACAAUUUCUCGUGCCGCAAGCACCACCUGGUGCGAAUCCGUACCCUCCGCAAUUUAUCCCAGCGACUAGUCCACCCGCAACUACACCACGGUUUCCCGUUUCGACGCCGACGCCUGUACCACCGCCGCCCGGCUUCACCCCGCCACCACCUCCCCAAAAGCCUUAUUACAGUCAUCCUCCUCCAGUACCCAGGACAUAA